AUGUUUGAUCCCAAUUCAUUCUUAGGUGAACGUGAUGCCUUUGAAACAGAUGGACAGGAGCCGCCUUUUGUUCCACCUGAAAUGGCCCAAAUCUUUUUCCCUGGCUUCUUUCUUGACUCAGAAAACCCAGAAAUGCCCAAACGAGAAGAUAUGAUUGACAACUUUAUGAUGCCAGUACCCGAGAUGGAGUCUUGGGAUCCAAAUUUUCUUUUUAUGCUGGAUCCCAGCCUUAUGGGUGGCCCUGAAAAUGCAGUGUGCAUUUUUUAUAUUGAUUUUUACUGUCAAAUUGACCUUGAAAUUUUUAAAAGUAAAUAAAAAUUUCGGAAGAAAAAAAAAUCUAAAAAUGUUAUUAAGACUUAUAGAAAAGUUCUUUAUAAUCCCAUAAGGACUACCUCCACCUAUAGCGCUUCUCUGCUUGCUAGACAGUUCGAGUUUCACGAAAUUGCGAAGGCUACUCCUGCUGGACUAGGGCCUGCACUCGCUACCCGGUAGUCGGAUGAUUUGCGUCACCGUGCUGUACGUUAACAGGGUUGCCCACCAUUGAAAAUUCAAAAGGAUUGACUUUUCUGGUCGACUCUCGGCCAAAAUUGAAAUUCGUAGCCCAGGGCGCAUUUCCUGGUUCCACGCUGGGUAAUAGUCCCUGUUGGCCAGCACGAUCGCCAAUAGCUCUGCUUGGAGACCCCUUUCCAAUAUCUUGACCCAUUUCCCAAUCAGGCAGAAACUUGACAUUGGAGUAAAGCUUGCGGACAAGAAAAAUCCAGCCGAAUGCACCUUCUUGAACGCCAUCUCCCUUCCUCAAGGUCCCUGCGUACCCUUGGGAUGUUGGCUACAGGAGUUAAGAGGGUAGGUUGGUAAUCAUGCCAUUUUAAUGUAUAUUAAAGCUGCUAAACCAAUCUAAAAAAUAAUAAAUAAUAUAAGCAGAAAACGCUGCAGAAUAAACUAACUCCCCCCCCCCUCCGUGAGCGAACAAAACCAUUAGAAAAAUCGCCAUUUUUUGACCAAAAACCCACCCUCCGUGAGUGAACAAAAAUUUUUUUAAUAGAAAAAAUUUUAAUGGAAAAAAAUUUUGAUAUAUAAGUGAUAAUUAGUAUAAUGAAAUCUAGAGCUAAUUCUGUUUAAUUUUUAAAACAAAUUGCGUUUUAAAACAUAAAUUUUAUAAAUUAAAUUAAUAUUUGCUUCCCAAUUUUUGCAAAUUAGGAUUUUUUUUAAAUUCGAAAAAAAUAUUUUUUAUAAAAUUUAUAUAUAAAUUUUUUUUUAAAAAAAAAAAUUAACCCCCCUCCGUGAGCGAACAAAAUUUUUUUGUUCGCUCACGGAGGGGGGGGGGGAGAGUAAGCAAAAAGUAUAAAUUAUUACUUGCUAUAUUAUAGCCAAGGCCCUUCCAAACUUAAGGGAGAAACAGUGGCCAAGUCAAAUCUGCCAGCUGGCAAGUCACACUAUAGAUUUUACUUGUUAACUUUUGGAGUUGACUUCACAACUGUUGAUACCCUAGCCAGCACCGUAAGUUAGAAGGGCGACUUUUACGCAGGAUCUAAGGUAAUACUUUUUCUGGAUAAUUUUUUUUCGAAAUUUAAAAAUUCCCAAUCUAAAAUAAAUUAAUUUAAUUUGAAAAAAUUGUGUUUUUUGUUAUGUGAGCAAUUUAAAUACCGUAAGCUGUUUAAAGAUUAAUAGAAUUAGCUAGAGAUUUAAUUAUAAUAAUUAAAAGAAUCCACACUUUUCAGUCUUGAAUGUUUUUUCACAGUUCGCACACUUUCUUUCAUUAAAAAAACUAAGCCGUUAAUUUGGUUGUAAAAAGCGAGAAAAAAAAACUUUGCGUUUUGUCAGGUUCACUUAGCCUUAUGCCCAAAGACCCACAAGAAAUGAGACGUCUUAUGGCUCAAUCUUUUGACUACUAUCCUAUGAUGAACCCAGAAAACGUCGAGAUGCAAUUUAAAAAUCAAAAUGAGAAAGUUGAUCUAGAAAGCCAGUUUUUGCCAAAGCCGCAAAUUAUAUAUGAUAACACAAAAAAGAUUGGGACUUUAACGCUAGAAGAGCGCAGAUUGAAAAUAGAAAAAUAUUUACACCUCUUAUUUAUUAUAAAGAAUUAUAUCAAAGAUUUUAUUAUAAAAUUAUUAAAUUUUGGUUUUGUUAAAUAAUUUUUCAUACAAAAACAAUAAAUUAUAUCACUAUAAUAUGAUUUAAUUGGUAAAAGAAGUUAGAAAAAAGAAAAAAGAGAACCUUUUCGAAGAGAAUUGCUUAUGCUUGCAGAAAAAGGGUCGCUGACAGCAGAAUAAGAAUUAAAGGAAGAUUUGUCACAAAAGUUCAAGCUGAAGCGCUUAAGGGCCUAGAAAAUGAAAGAAAUAAUGUUUCCUUGCCUCUCAGCAAUGAGAAGCGAAAUAUAUAA